CUGCCCUCUUCUCUUGCCUCCCCUCGGCGGCAUUUGUGCAGAUGGAGGGGAGCCUGGGGAGAGGUGGUAUUCCUUGGAUUCUUUGUUCGUUGAGACGCCUCCUUACGCGACAUUGUGCGAUGAGAUGCGAUGCGAGCUCGCAAGGUGCAGGUUGGUGAGUCCCGCCUCUACAGCUGGUGCCGGUGCUGUACGGUGAUCCGCCAGCUGCCAGCUUAUCAAAUUGAUCCGCGGGUCCGUUAUCAAAAAAUUUCGAGAGGCCGACCAGCAUGGCGCGCAGUGCAAGUCGAAUUGCUGAAAGGUUCAAUUAUACCCCCCCCUCGUGACGAAAAGAACCAACCAGCCAAAUUUCACCUCGCGUGUCACUGCUUUUGACGAAACUACCCAGAUUCAACAGCCUCAUUAAAGAGUGACAAAAAAGAACGCAAAAAAAUGCCCGGCAGAACCGACUUGGAAGACGUCCCCAUGGACGAGGCGCCCACCUCUCACCAGCCCGAGGAGGAGGAGGAGGAAGAGGAGGGACAGGAGUCGAAUGAGCAGGACGAGGAAGAGGAGGAGGAGGAGCCCCAGCGCGUCAAGAUUCUGCCCGGCUCAACAGACACAGCCGCCUCAUUCGAGUUUAUCGAUGAGGGGCACACGCUCGGCAAUGCGCUGAGAUAUGUCAUCAUGAAGAAUCCCGACGUUGAGUUCUGCGCCUACGCCAUCCCUCACCCUUCGGAACCCAAGAUGAACAUUAGAAUCCAGACCUAUGACGGUACCGCCGUCGCGGCUUUGCAAAAGGGUCUCAAGGACCUUCAGGCCCUCAGCGACACCGUCGCCGAGGAAUUCAUCCGCGCCAAGGAGGAAUUUGGUCGUUCAUAGUGAACGCAUCUCGUAGAAAAGAUCAAGAUGGAAAAGGCGUUUUCUUGUUUUUUUUUUUUUUUUUUUUU